UUAUCACAAACCGCUCUUUUGCGUGGUCGAUUCAAACUCGACGCUAGCGGCAUCGAAAAUUACAACACAAAAAGGGUAUGGAAUCAAAUUAAGUUGGAGAUCGAAACUGGAAUUCUUACAGGAAUUGAAACGAAUGAACAAGAUUAUUAUGAUGGAGGACUGUGAAUUAAUGACCGGAAAAUCUCCCCAUCGAAACACCGACGGCGGCGUCAAUGUCACGGCUGCUGAUGAACUAGAAUCUGAUCAAGGGCAGACGGCCGGCAAGGGUAGCAGUGGUUCUGAAGCUGGAAAAGAAGAAGAUGAUGAUAGGGUGAUUAAAGAGCUGAAGAAAAUACAGAGACAAAACUUUGUGACCCACUGCCUGGUAUCAGCUAUGAUAGUGCUCACUCUAACAUGGCAGCUAUCAGAGGUGUCCCUCAUCCUCAAACUAAAAGAUGGAUUGAACAAUCCAUUCAGAUCGUUGGGCGGUUUUAUCGCCGGGAUGUUCAAACGCCCGGAUAAACCCAUUCUCAUCAAUAAUGUUACGGAAGACGAAAAUCCGGCCACCGGAAAACAGGAGCAGGGUGUGGAUGCCAUUAAGAUCCCCGAUCUCCCUCAUCUGGACCUGCCAUCUCUAGGCUUCAUUACUGAAGAAAAAUAGCAGCAACAAUCAUAAUUGUAAGAUUUUGAUUUAAAAGUAUUACAUUUUUUA